CUGAGGAGAAGGCUGAGGUGAAGGAGGCCGAGGAGGAGGCCGAGAGCUUUGAUUUGGAAGUAUUUCGUGGACGUUGAAAGUCCUCUGAGGAGAAGUAUAGUCGUGGCCCCAAAGGAGGAGGACUGGAAGCCUCAGCACCAAUUUUUGAAGAAACUAGCCUUCUUGCAGCAGGCAGGCGAGCAUGACACUGAAGCAGUAGUCAAGACGUGCAUCUUGAUCUACAAACCCAAGGCUCUGAGUAAACCAAUGACUUCUUGGGAUCUUGGUUUCCUAAUCUACAAAGAUAGGUUAGAACUGUUGAAAGAACCCUGACUCAGUCUCAUGAUGACCACUGCUCAGCUCUCCCGCGACACCAGAACACUAAAGGCAUCUAAGAGCACAAUUUUCCCAUCCCAAAUCACUAAUGAGCAUGAGUCACUGGUAAUGGUGAAGAAACUUUUUGCUACUUCUAUCUCAUGCAUAACAUAUUUGAGGGGCCUGUUUCCAGAGAGCUCUUACAGAGAUCGCCAUUUAGAUGACCUCAGUUUAAAAAUUCUCCGGGAAGACAAAAAGUGUCCUGGGUCAUUACAUAUUAUUAAAUGGAUUCAAGGUUGUUUUGAUGCUUUGGAAAAGAGAUACCUUCACAUGGCAGUGCUAACACUGUACACAAAUCCCAAAGAACCUGAGAAAGUGACUGAGAUAUACCAAUUCAAAUUCAAAUACACAAAAAAGGGAACCACUAUGGACUUUGACAGUAGUAGUACAAGCUUUGAAAGUGGGACAAACAGUGAAGAUAUUAAGAAAGCCUGUUCCCUACUGAUCCGUCAGUUGUAUAUACUGAUGCAGAACCUUGGACCCCUUCCUAAUGAUGUAAUACUUACCAUGAAACUCCAUUAUUAUAAUUCAGUGACCCCAUAUGAUUACCAACCCCCUGGUUUUAAAGAAGGCGUGAACUCACAUUUCCUACUGUUUGAUGGGGAGCCUGUGAGCCUUCGAAUGGGUUCAGUCUCCUCUGGCUUUCACAGCAUGAAAGUAAAAGUCACAACUGAGGCCACGAGAAUGCUUGAUACGGACAACAGCCCCGCUCCGGAGACUGGCACCACUGAGAUAGCCCAUCAGGGGCUUGACUGUGAUGAGGAAGAAGAGGACAGCGGCAACCAAACUCAAAGAAUGAAUUGUGUACACAUUGAGCCAAGUUUUGAAAGCUCCAGGAAGAAGAGGAAGAUCAGUGAGCCAGUGAAAGUCUUCAUCCAUAACAGAAAAUGAAACUUCUGUGACUUUACUACAUCUGUUUGCAAAAAAAGUGUAUGAAAUGUUGUAACAGGAAAGUAAGUUCUUAUCACCAAAACUUUUUUUUUUUUAAAGUUUUUGCUCAACAUUUUUGUACUCAGUUUACUAAGCUGCCAAGCUGUUGGGCAGGACAUGGGUUCUCUUUGCCAGAAGGAAACAAGAUCACCAGGGCUGCCAUGGGAUGGCAUUACCUCACAGCCAAGUUAGAGAUGAGACACACUUUGUAUUUGCAAAAGAACCACAGCAGUUAUUUUGAAAAGAAAUAAGCUGCUGUUCUUAAAGAAAAGGAUUUUUCUUUAAUUAAACUCUCCAGGUAUCUAGACUACUGUGAAAUAUUCUGACUUGUCGGAACCUGUGUGUUGGAAUCCUUCUAUAGCUUUAUUAAAACUCACACAGAAUAGCAUAGGAUGCGUGUGGAGGUGCUUAACCAAGUGUGAUUUAUAUGUUGACUUCAGUCACAAGGUUGAUCAGCGGCAUGUGGACCAGGAUGCCCUCCCUGUAAAAUUCCUCAGCUCUGGCCCCAGGCCCUGUUUUGUUGGCCAAUCCCAAACAGCUGACAUGCCACAAUUCAGGAGCCUGGUUCCCUCGUAAGACCUAUAUUGAAUAUUUUCCAAAAAAUCCUUGAGUUGAUCAGUCUGUAACUUGCAGGUGAUUCUAUUAGUCCCCUCCCAAUUCUGGAAGAAUUUUGAUAGGCUUAAUGAUUAAUGUGCUAUUAUGAAUAAUAAAUGACUUAAAGAAUU